AUGGAUGCCUAUGCCAUCCUUGGCGUCGCACCGACGGCCAGCCUGGUAGAGAUUCGAGCUGCGUACUUACAGCUAGCGCGCGUCCAUCAUCCUGAUAAGCAAUCAGGUCGUACCACAUCGGCAGAAGACGAACGUAUCCGCGAGAUCAAUCACGCAUACGAAACGCUACGUGAUGAGCACACGCGCGCCGUCUACGAUCAAAGCCGAGCUGACCUCCUCCGAAAGCAUGCUACACGUACCUUACGGAUUUCUGAGGAAGUCGACCUGGAUGCCUUUGAACUGGUCGAUACGCCAUCCAUGCAUUUUCGAUACCCAUGCCGCUGUGGGCAAGCGUACCUUCUCACACCGGCGCAGCUAGCAGAUGGGAUCCGACAGGUUCCUUGUACAGGAUGCUCGGAAACCAUCCUUGUCACAUGGACAGACGACGAUGAGUAA